CUGUUUUGUUGUGUGCUCGGUUGUUCUGAACAGCUUGUGGGUGUGAAUGUGAUAUCGUGUUCAAGUGAGCAUCCUAGCUGUUCUUCUUUGUUGCUUGCCUCGCGUGGUUGUGGCCAGUCACAUCUCGGGUUGAAAAGGACACCGUCAUCAUUCCGGCUUCUGUAUACUUCUCCCGCGGUCCCUCGCUGUCUGGUUCAUGCACAUCACUUACUAGUUAGCACUUGUUCAUAUUGUCAUUGUGUCAAUUUUACUCGACUGAUCCCAACUUUAUCAUUCUCCUCUGCUUUACGCCAUUGUUUCUCUUGCAGUGAGCAUUGCGACUUCGAUUAUGCGCCCGUGAUUGUCUACGCCCAACAUCCCUCCGCAAGGACAGAACAAUCCCAGGAUGACCGCGUCUUCAGAAACCCAGUCCGCUCUGGCGGAAUCUCCACAGAGCAUAGUAUUACAUGUGCUAUGUCCAUCUUUACCUCCUCCUAACCGAUUCACUCUCCACGACAUCUCUCCAUCCACCACCAUCUCCACUCUCAAAGCUCGAAUCGCCCAGACCAUUCCGAGUGAACCAUCCCCUGAAACUCAGAGGCUGAUAUACCGGGGGAAGCCCCUUACGAACGACGCCGUGGCGCUAAAUGAUGUGUUAGAGUCAUCAAAUGAUACCGAGUAUUCCAUCCACCUCGUCCUUCCUCCUGCCCCAGUUCCCCAUGCUUCAACUUCUGCCAGAGCUCCUGCUCCAAUGCCGCGGGGAGCUUCAGGUAACCCCGCGCCUCAGAGUCCAUUCUCAUCGAACCGAUUCACGCCGCAACACCUGCCUCACGGACAAGAGAUCAGGUAUCGAGGUCCCGCAUUGCCCGCUGUUCCCCAUGAGGCAGAGAUCGGACUCGCCUUGAGGCGGAAUAUCGAGGCUAUUCGUCGACAGAUUGAUAUGCAGGAACGGGGCGGGCCGUUGGGAGGCGUCGCGGCAGGCACCGCGGGGGCUACUUCCCACUCGACCACAUCCACGACUACGACAGCUUCGUUCGCUCAGCAACCUGCAUGGCCACACGUAACACCUGGUCUAUCGCACCCAGGACAUUCGUCCAUCUCAUCUGAUUUCACAAUGGCUUCCGGCUCAUCGGGAACAGCCAAUGUCCAUAGCAACCUCCCCGAAGAAGUCCGAUUGCGCCUACAAAUACUCAGAAAUCAGAUUGCGUUUGGCGAAGAGCAACUGAACCGGGGGGUUGCGCCCCCAAUGGACCAUAUAAUUCGCAUACGUACACAAUUGUUCGCUUUGCUCGACGACCAAUAUCAGAACCCACGUGCUGAGCGCGACGGCUCGAUUGAAUCUUUGCUCACUCGCGUCUUUAAUAUCUAUACCCGCGCCGAUCAGCUCCGCGUCUCACAAGCUAGAACCAUGCCCACACCUGUUCUAUCUGGACCUCCCAAUCCCGCACCAGGGCAGGCUCCUCUGUACCUUCUCUCGUCACCAAACGGCUAUCAAGCCCUGGUUGCAUCUCCCCGCGGUGCAGAAACGAUGCAGUCUUCUCUCGAUACACUCCGAGCCAUGCACUCCCCGACCGGAGCCUCUGCGCCUCGUACAGGUGCUCCACCGGAGAUUCACAAUGCGAACGCAGUUGUCAUGGAGAACAUUGUCCGACAGGCCGUACUCAACCAACGCAUCGAAAACAACGGGCAAUUGAGCUUCACACGCAAUCUCCGACGCAUGUGGCUAUUUGUGCGCUUGUAUUUCUUCUGCUACAUGUUCAGCGAACCGGGCACAUGGUCUCGCGUGGUGUAUGUAACCCUAGCCGUCCUUGUCUCACUCCUGUCAGAAACCGGGAUCCCACAGCAGUUGUACCGAAUGCUUGUGGCGCCAGUGCAACGACACCUGGAAGGACUGGUUCAUUUCGCUCCGGACGAACCGACUCCAGCACCACCUGGCACGCAGUCAACUGGGCAAGGGAACGUUCCCACUGCUCAGCCAACCGGAAUGCGACACCAGCUGCGCCGCGUAGAACGGUCCUUGGCGCUUUUCAUUGCAAGCUUGGUUCCGGGCGUGGGCGAGAGACACGUGGAAGUGCGCAAUGCCGCAGAAGCGGCCCGGAACGCAGAGCGUGCAAGAGAGGAAGAAGAGCGACGUCGACAGGAGGAAGAGGCCACCAACGCAGGCACGACUGGUGAGGCUCAGGCACAGGCACAGGAGAGCAGCGAGAACGAACAGAGAGAAACGGGUGAGAAUGCACCCAACACGAUACCCCAAACUGAGAAUUAGCCAUAGCGGAGCUAUUAGACUUGUACUGAGUAUACUCGGUGAUUUGAAACUUGUGUUCAUGAUGUAUUGAUAGCUGCGAUCAUAUUUCCAUACCGCUUAGUGCGGCAAGAUAUCUAGUCUAUUAGCGCAACAUAUAUCUACUGCAGUGUACCUUCAAGUAAUCUAUCCACAUCCACCCACACAUAAUCCACUCUAUCUAUAACUUACUGCCCCCCAAAUCAGUCUCAGCCGAUGAAUCUACACUAGAAGUCGGGGUAGCCGACGGACCAGCCAUGGGGCCCGUAUCAAAUGACUCGUCGCCAUCGAAGUGCCAUCCCCUCUCCGCCCCACCACUCAAAAACGCACAAUCCCCAUUACUCAC